UUUGAUUUGUAGACCUCCCAUAAAGGCCUCUGUGACAGGGGAUUCAUUGGAUGGGUCCCAAGGGGCUCCAAGCCUCAUGAGAGGAGUUCGGAUUUUGGCCAGAAAGCAUGAUGAUGGGCUUUUUUAUGCUGCACACAUCAGCCAGGAAGAACAGUCUUCAAAGGGUGUUUUCCUGGUGCAGUUUGAAAAAAGCAAGAGAGUUGGGGAAAAACACAAGAGUCUUCUUCAAAAGACACGACUUUGUGAUAUUGUGCAGAUAGAUGAAGCUGCCAGGCAUCCCAUCAUUCCUGGAGAUGCAGUUCUUGCACCAUUGAAUCUUAAUAUGAAGAAAUAUGGACCUGGUAUUGUACUACUUGGACAAGAGAGACGAGAAUAUAGAUCAGAUGCUGAGACCAGUGAGCACCUGGUGGUGAAUUUCUGGAAUGGACAUACGGCAAAUGUCUCUGCAGGUGUUGCUAUAUGGAUUCCCCGCCAGAUGUACGACUUUCUUGUCCUUGAACUUCAGAUGCCUCCUUCAGCUAGAGUGAAGUUUCUUGAAUCACAUCCGAACUACCCUUUCACUGUUCCUCCGGGAUACAGGCCUUGGAGAGAUGAUGGAGAUCUGGAUAAAGACCUUUUUGACCGUUCUAUAACUCAUAUUGUCUCUCCAUCGUGUCCACAUCACAGCCAUGGACAAACCUGUGACCUGCUAGGUACCAACAUAGAAAGAGAAAUGGAAGGAAGCGCUAACACAGGAUCAUCUCUAUAUGGACUUGAGGAAAAGAAGCAAGGCAGUAGGCUUCGAUGGCAAAGUGGAUCUGCCCAGAAUCAGACUAGGAACAGAAAAGCAGCUAAUAAAGGAGGAAAGGAAGAACAGAAACCCAAAGAGAAAAAGCUUCAAAAGCCCAUGCAGAACUCCUUAAGUAUACAAGAGUCCAGUAUGGCAUGUUCAGAACGAAAUGCAGCAGAGCAUCAAGUAAGAAAAACAAGCACACACCAGUGCAGACCACAAGCUGCUGCCGCGUUCUUCAAGAUGCCUGAAUUUCCAUACUCUUGUCUGGCAAGUCGAAGGCUAGCGUUUGAAGGCAUUAAUGAAUUGUUGAGAAAAGAUCAACACGCCAUUGAGACAAUCAUACAAAAGCCCACCAUUCAGAAAAGAAAAAUCUGAUGAAGAUGUGAAGGCAGAAAAAUUUUAAUCCAAAUACAAAGAAGGAGAAACAUAGGCCUCUAAAAGUGGGUCUUGUUAGGUAAUGCAAAGCCAGUAAAAAA